CGAGCAUUUGAGUCACGCUUUGGGCGAAUGCAACAUGCAAUGCAAAGCACAGACUGAAUAUCAUUCUCUAUGUCUCUGACCAACGCCCUUCCAGCAGAUGCUGCACAAGCAGCGAAGUCUGCUUCUCAUAUUCUGGCUACGCUUCCAACAUCUGCGAGGAAUGAUGCCUUGACAGCAAUCCACAAAGGACUUUCUGGAGCCAAAGAAGAAAUUCUGGCCGCUAACGCGCGUGAUCUCGAAUUGGCGAGGAAAGCUGCUGAAAAUGGAGAAUUGAGCCUGAGCAUUGUAUCACGUUUAGAUCUUGGAAAGAAGGGGAAAUGGGAGGAUAUGCUGAAGGGCAUCCUAGAUGUUCGAGAGUUAGAAGAUCCAGUUGGCAAAGUUACCUUACGAACGAAGCUUGAUGAUGGAUUGACUCUAGAAAGAGUUUCAUGUCCAAUUGGUGUUCUUUUGAUUAUCUUCGAAGCUCGACCAGAAGUCAUUGCCAGUAUUGCAUCCCUGGCAGUCAAAUCUGGCAACGCAGCAAUACUCAAGGGAGGUAAAGAAUCAACAGAAUCAUUCAUCGCCAUCUCGAAAGUAAUUUCUGCUGCACUUGAAUCGACGGAAGUCCCAAAUUCUGCUAUCCAGCUCGUCACUACUCGAGAUGUCAUUCCUCAACUGUUAAACCAGGACAAGUAUAUUGACUUAGUCAUUCCCAGAGGUUCUAAUGAGCUCGUCCGAUACAUUCAAUCCUCGACAAAAAUUCCCGUCCUUGGUCACGCGGAUGGCCUUUGCUCUCUGUAUCUCGAGCAUACUGCUGAUCUUGCCAUGGCUAUCAAAGUCGUAGUUGAUUCCAAGACCGCAUAUCCCGCAGCCUGCAAUAGUGCUGAAACAUUGUUGGUUGAAGAGGCUGCCUUGGAGACUCUUCUGCCGCCAAUAGCCCAGGCGCUGCUAGAAAAGGGCGUUUCUUUACGCUGUGAUGCAGCAAGCAAGAAGGCUCUGACCAGCAAGCUCGAUUCACAUUCUGUGACCAUUUUGCAAGAUGCAGAAGAUAUUGACUUUGACACUGAGCAUCUGUCUUUGGUUCUUCCCAUCAAAACUGUGAAAUCUGUCUCCGAGGCUAUCGCUCACAUCAACUUUCAUGGAUCUCACCAUACUGAUGUCAUCCUCACUUCUUCUUCAGGACUCGCAGAGCAAUUUAUGUCCAGCGUAGACUCAGCUGGCGUCUUCUGGAAUACAUCUACCAGAAUGGCGGAUGGCAUGCGGUUCGGAUUUGGUACCGAGGUGGGUAUCAGUACCAAUAAGAUCCAUGCGCGGGGUCCGGUUGGCCUCGAAGGGUUGAUGAUCUACAAGUACAAGCUUCGUGGUGGAGGUCAAGUAUCAGCGGAGUAUGGAGAGGCCGAAGGACAGAAGAGAUUCAAGCACGAACAGUUGCCGUUUUGAGGAAAGAAAAAAGUCAAGCAUAAACCAUUCGCACGAGUACGAUAGCAAGCCGGAAUACAGGAGCAACACUUGAGCGGCCCCCUUACGCUAAUUACUUUUCCUCUACCAGCAAUGUCAAAUGGUAUCCAAAAGUGGAAAAAUCGGAUCUUCAAGCUGUGUCAUAUCAUGCUUCGAAGUUCAAUUUAUUUCUUGAUUGAAGCUCCCACAUUGAUUUAAUUGCGGAUACAAAAAGUAGCAGAGAAAAUGUACUCUUGUCAC